AUGGCUAGAGCCAUUGAAAGCAGCAAAGAUCAGAAUAAGAAACGCGGUUCCGUUGUGCGCAUCGACCCGGCAACUCUCACACGGAUGGUGAAGCACAUUCUUUCGUUUUCUCAAGCUCUUUCUUGGGGCACCAAGGAACUAAGACAAAACGGAAAGACUGAAACGAUCACAUUCCCAAGACUCACAAGAACACACCCAGUGGAAGUGAUGUUUAUGGAUUACGCAAGAAAGGAGGCAGAGCUCAAGGGAAUUGAGUUCAACGAGGAGCGUCAACCACCUCAAUGCACAACCUACUACCUCCUUGUCAAGCAUUUGACAUCAAAGGCUGAUUAA